AUGUUCCCUGACGAGCUCAAGGGACUCACGCUGGUCGAAGAGAAGCUCGUCUCGCUCAACUCCUGCUAUGGGCACGUCAAGGGCCACAUCACAGUGUUUCCCAACAACGUGCAGGAGCUGGCGACCAAGGUGCUCCCGCACCCCCUUUUGCAAGCACUGGACGAGAUCCACGUUUCGUGGCAGGGCGUGGAGAAGCCGGCACCGAGCGACCUGUCGAGUCUCUUGUCGGUGAGGAGGCGGGUCGUCGAGAGGGCUCUUGUUUGGCUGAAGAGGAACAACCCCCACUACGCCGAGAUCGAGAUCGACGUGGCGGAGAUGGAGAGUUGGGGAGACCCGAUAGACGGGGUGCCGGCCUUGGUGUAUGAUCGCAUGGAGCGGAACGAGCCGUCCGCAUGGGAGAAAACGCGGACGGCGCACGUUGUGCCGCCCACGGAGCGCGCCAUGGACGACGAGGGGUCGGUGGAGAUCGAGGAACUCUUCGCUCUGCUCACGCAAAGGCAGGAAACGGGAGGCGAGGCUGAAGGGCACGGGCCCAACGAAGAAGGCGCGGGUCGUGAUGGAGUUGGUGCUAGCCCCGAUCAGAACGUUCGACCAAUCAACGAGGUGACGUCUUCCGGCAUGUUUGGGCUGGACGGACCGCCAGACGUGGCGGAUGUCGAGAAGCUGCGGUUUGCCUGUGACGCUGUUGGCGCAGGUGCCGACGACGGCCGCGCGGGCCCGGAACGUGGGUCGGAUCCUCGGUGGGGGGGGCUCGAGGGCGUGGCGACGAUGGCAUCGCUCAUCGUUGGCUACGGCGUUCCGGCCAUCUGGUUCACCAUCAACCCAAACGACAUUACGAACCCGGUGAAGCUGCGACUGGCGGCAUAUCGGACACGCGAUCCCGGCGCGGCCGAGGAGUUCCUAGAAGGCCUUGGGAGUGCGUACACGCGGACAAGGCUGGCCAUGUCCGAUCCGAUGAGCGCCGCCGUAUUCUUCCACCGGGAGAUGAAGCUGUUCUUCGAUCAUUACGUGAAGGUCGGAGAAGACUCGAUGCUUGCCGACAUCCACGGGGAGGAUCAGGCGGCGAAUCGCGAGCGAAUCAUACGAUACGUCGAUAGUGUCUUCUCCGAGGAUCUGGAUCAGGAAGGGUUCUGCGCCGUGCAAGCGGAGCGAUCUGUGACGUCCGAUAUUUCCUCCCUGCUGGACAACACCGAGCAGUUUUCGGCCGCAUUUGACGAGGAGGCCAACUUCUGUGCCGGCGCUACACAGGUUCACACGCAUAGCCCGACCUGUGUCAAGUAUUCCUUGGGCAAAGGAGCGCGGAAAGGGAAUCUAUGCCGACGGGGUGUUGCAGAUCGGAGGACUCACAGCAUGGUCAAUCGAUGGAACAAGGCUAUCGCUGUUGGGCUCCGGCACAACCACGACAUUUCCUUCAUUGCGACGCAGCGCAAGACCAUGGCCCUUAUGUAUUAUGUCACGAACUACGCGACGAAGGUGGAGGACCCGGUGUGGAAGCGUGUGGCGGCCGCGGCCGAUCUCCUGGCCGCCUCAACGGGUGAUGGCACGGCCAACGGAGGACAGGACGACGGUGGAGGUGCUGUUGGCGAUGACGCCGCCAAGGGGAACAGGACGCGACAGUUCUUGAUGAGGGUGGCGAAUCGUGUGUUCACGGAGCGUCCGCUGUCUCAGGUCGAGGUCAUUGCUCAUCUUCUGGGAUAUCCGGCCGAGUUCACCAACAGCAGCGCCUGGGCGUACCUGAACACAUCUCUGCUGUACUGGGAAGUCUUUCGAAGGUGGCCGUAUCUCCGACGAGCAAAUGGCGCGGCGGCCAUAGAUGAUGCUCUGAAUGAGUCGGUGCUCAGGCGGCCGGGCAAGCAUGCUACCGUCUGCCUCGAUGGCUACCUGAGCAAGGACUUCGGCCACAACGACGACGAGGAGUCGUGCCACCGGAGGGCAGCCGUGCAGCAUCUUGCGCUAUUUGUGCCGUGGGAGUCCUUUCUGUGCGAAGAAACAGGUGAGAUCAAUGGCAUCUGGGAGCGGGCGCGAGAGGCGCUGGCCCCGAGAAUAUCAUGUCUCGUCGACAACGUGCAGCUGCUUCGACGAUCAGCCGAAGACGCAAAGCGCGACGCCAAGCAAUGGGCGGCCUCAUCCGGCGAUGGCGAUUCCACGGUCGCCCACGUCGAGGAGGGCGAGACAGGCGAGGCGGGCGCAGAAUUUGCAGCGACAUAUCGGUCCAACAACAUCGGAGACGCAACGCGCCUGAUCGACGUCGUCCGAGGCGCAGUGGGCACGAAUCAGGUGACGGCCAAGUCGCCGGAGCUCAUGGCAAUGAUGCGGCAGCUCUGUCGAUUCCAGCAAUCGGCGCUCUGCUCAACGGCCGAGCUCGAGGCCAUCGCGAUUCCCGAACAAGGGUUGAGGUGCAUAAGCAUGCCAGGGCGGGUAUUUUCCGGGGCCGCACUACCGCCGCAGGAUCAGGUCAAGGCUAUCAAGUCGCAGCAGAUAAUCGAUCGCUUUCCUAAUAAUAUGCCGCCAGCUCGAUUUGAUGCGACAAACGACGGGGGCGAUGCCGGCCAGCUCUGCCAGUUCGUCGGCGGCGAGGGGGGCACCGGCAAGUCGCGGAUCAUUGGGGCACUCGUCGAGCUGUUCACCAAGGACCUUGACGGGGUGCGGCUGACAAAACGGGCGGAGCGGUUCAUCCACGGCCAGUCUCGGAUGGACUGGCAGGAGAAGGACGUGCUUGUCAUCGACGAGGUGAGCAUGCUCGGAGCGCGGACGCUGCACGCCAUAAACGAGCGACUCUGUCGGCUUCGCGGAUCGCAGAAAGAUUUCGGGGGGAUCCCCAUCGUCCUCUUCUGCGGAGACUUUCAGCAGUUCCGGCCGGUCCAAGAGAGGUCGAUCGUCCCGCCGAGCGCGGCCAUCUCGUGGGACGUAGACAACUCGUUCAAGGCCGAGCAGCGGCACCAGCACGACAAAGCGCACGCGCUGUGGAAGAGAUUCACGACGGUCGUCAUGUUGAACGAGCAAAUGCGCGCCGCCGGGGAUCCGGAAUUGCAGGGGCUACUGAAGCGGAUCCGGCAGGGUGUGCAGGACCGCACGGAUCUGGACCUCCUCAACUCAAGGUGCUACCGCGAGGGCAGGCGGAUCCCUUGGGAGACUGGCAUCACCGUGGUGACGCCGCUGAACAGGAAUCGGUGGAACCUAAACAUGGAGGCAAGCUUGGCGUUCCGGGUCCAGCAGCGGUCGACGAUGCGCAUCUUCAUCUCCGAGCACAAGUGGAAGGAGGGCCUGCCGACCGAGGAAGAAGCGAUCAUGAUACUCAAUCAAGGCGACGAUAGCGCGAUCCCCGUGCCGGCCGUCUUCAUGUUCGUGGCCGGGAUGCCGGUCGUCGUGAACCACAACACCCAUCAGGGGCUGAAGCUGGUGAACGGCGCCGGCUACUCGGCGGUGGAGGUCAUUGUCGACAAGGCGUCCCCGGGGCAUCGAAUCUCGUCCGACAUGACGAUCCACUUCGGGCCGCCGGCGGGGAUAUUACUGGAAUCGGCGACGACAAAGGACCUCCACUUCAACGACGUCAGCCGGAAGGGAUUGCCGUGCGCAGCAGCCUUCGCCUGCACGGACUACAAGGUGCAGGGCAGAACGCUAGAGCGCGUGGCCCUGGAGCUGCGGGGGACACGGACGACGAAAGUCGAUGGAAGGGCCGUGCCCUCGCAAUGCGACCCGUACAGCUUAUAUGUGCAGCUAUCGCGCUGUCGAACGCUAGACGGCAUCACGCUCGUGUCCAAGGCCAGGCUGGAGGUGCUAAGCGAGAGGACUGUCGAGGAAGCUUUGCGUCGGUCGGAUGGCGACGCUGAAGAGUCAAGGAGAGUUGUCAGGGUGAGGUGA